AUGGCGGGCAGGCAAUCAUCUUCUGCAAACCCAUCUGGUAAUUUAGAUAAUACCGUAGAACUAAAUGAGUCAACUCUAACAGAAAUUGUUAGAAGGGUUUAUGACUCAGUGCAGUCAGUAAGUGAAGAAAGGCCGAGUCCGGAGAAUCGUUCUACAAAUGCCUCAGUUGAAGACGAACUUGCGCAAAGAUUUAAUAGUUUACCACGCCGUGGAAGUGAGCAAAGACCGCAACUGCCGAAAGCAGACAUUAGAACUUUUACGAACACGAGGCCUAGAUUCAAUCCACAGGUCAACUACGGACACAGUGGGGUAACGAGAGGAAAGGGAAAAGGCAAAGUAAAGACUACAAAGUCUACAAAGGCCAAAGAGGCAGUUAAUAUUAGGAAGGAGUUAAUUUUGCUCCCAUAUCCGACCUACACGCAAGUCCCCCGCUAUGAGCAUAAGCGGAAACUUCAAGAGCUUGGCCUGAUUGUUGAUGGAUUUCCCUUAGAUAAAUCAUGGAAUGAGAACCAACUACGGCUGAAGAUUGGUGGUGCUUUUGUGCAAAAAUUAGUGGAUGAACAGGGUGAAUUUGUUGCCUUUGAAUAUGUAAAAAGCAUUGGCCAAAAUAUUUGCCCCUUAAAUCUAUAUGCCAAUAAGGAGCCUUCAGGAGAAAAUAUCUACAGCAUGUGCAAGCAAGGGCCUAUUUAUAUACGGGCAUGCACAAUGUUGAAGGUGUGGGCACUUGAUGAAAUGCUUGAGUCAGAUGGAGCAUCUGAGACUGGAAUGGAAGAUGAAGCUACCAGUAGUCAAAUCUCUAGUAGUCGUAGCCAGUUUUCUGGAAUAAAAAGAUCCAAACAGUCAACUCUAAGUGUAAGUGAGAAAAGAAAGUGUGUACACUUCAAUGCAGAAGAAAGGCUUACAAGUGGCAGUCAGUCACCUGAGAAUGAUGUUGCUGGAGAUGAAAUCACCAUUGAUUGUGAUGUAAUUGGCACUUCCAAUAGUACCUCUUCACCUACAGUUAGCCAAGCAGGCAAUAAACCAUCUGAUAAGACUGCCUGUGAUUUGGAUGAAAUUUACGCCACCUUGCUUUUCGACGAAAUAAAUUCCGACGUGCUUGACGAUGAUCCUCUCGUUUUGAAAGAUAUAGUGGAGACUAAUGCCGAUGACAUUGACGACAACAUUGAAGAGAGCAUUACAUUAAAAGAAGUACUGACAGAUCUUGGAAAAGCAACCUCUUAUGAUCAAGUCUCGAUGUUUAACCUAAGUCGAAAUCAUAUAUGGGAGGGAACGAAAAGAGCGCUUAAUAGGAAGUCAUUUAGUCCUGAAAAUAAGCUUUCCGUAAAGUUUACGGACGAUAUUGGCCGGUCAGAAGGCGCGGUAGACCUGGGAGGGCCAGCAAGGGAAUUCUUCACCCUAAUUACAGAAUGGCUGGUUAAUUCGCGACUUUUCUUCGGAGAAACAACGACGAAGUUCCUUUCAUUGAACGCAAUCUGCUUGGAAGAACGAGAGUACUUCAUGACCGGGCAAAUCUUCGCGAUGUCGUUGGUACAUGGUGGUCCCGGUGCCAAUUGUCUAUCAAGUGCAUGCUAUGAUGCGGUAAUAAAUGCAACGGGAACGCUUAACCUAAGUGCAACACUUGAUGAUAUUCCUGAUGUUGAAUUACGAGCAUCGCUUGGAAAGUUAUUACAAGCUUCUGUAGUAGAUGACGCUCGGCGAAUAAUUGAUGACGAAAAGUUAGAUACCGUAUUUGAUAUGGCUGGCACAUUUCAAAUGAUCAGAAGCAAGGCCGACGUUGAGAAGAUCUCAACCUCUAACCGUUACGACAGUACAGUCUAUCUUCAAAUUGGUGCUUUCAGAAGAAGGUUCAAAUAG